AUGGCUGAGCCCAUUCUGCGAGUGGGAGGCGCUGCUGUGCUUGGCGAGUUUUGCGAGGUGAAGGGUCCAGUAGUGAGGUUGCUCUUUUGUUUGCAGGGUCCACAUGGUACUCCAAUGCAGCUUGACAGGCGUUCUUGGCCACCGCUCAUCGCCGGCAUGUUAGAUGAACUUGUGGAGCUCAGCAUGGGCUCCGACUACGCCAUUGGCAACGGGACAGGCGGCGUGUGUGGGGCCUCCGUGACGCACCUUAUGUUGGACCCGCUUCGUUGGGACGGAGCCUCCGCCAUGGCUCACGUGGCUCGUGUGAAUGUCCCAGACGUCUUUGCCCGCGGUCACCAACGUGCUCUCAGUGUCGCACUCAUCUGUCCCGUGUUGCAUGUGUCUCUGGCGCUCUCGCGGUGGAUGGCUGACUACUGCCAGCGAAUUGCACGCCGUUUGGUUCACGGGGCGUACCUCUCUUAUGAGGAAGACGUGCGGCGAUGCCAGAAGGCGAUUUCACUGCUCCUGGAGGCCCCAGACAAGGAGACGCUGCUCUCGCCGCACACCUGCCAGUUCCUGCAGCAAGAGCUGCAGAUCAUCAAUCAUCUACAUGAAAGAAGCCAGUUGCUUGAAUUGUCUGCGCCUCCUUCCCAAGAGAGUGACGUCACCGUGCCACUCGCGGAGGCCGUGGAGUUGGCAGAAAACCUGAUUAAUGGCAGAGGCACCGUCCCACUUCGCCCACUAGACGUGGUGUGUGGACCAUGCUACACCGUGGCCUUGGAGGAGAUGAAAAGCCUCUUGCACUACUACUCCCUGGACGUCCCGACCUUGCUGGAAGGCGCCCUCGGCACAUUGCCUAGUGCGUUUCAAGUGCUCCAUUCCCCCUUUCCCGAGCUUGCACAGGACGAGACGAAGGGGCAUGCGCUGGAUGCACCUCAGUUCUUUAACGUGGGAGAGUUGCGUGUUCUGGAUCCGCUACGGUCCGACGUUAAUUUUUCUUUAAACGAUUGUUUGCCGUCAUGGUCGCACUUCACGGCCCUUUACGAUCCUUAUUUAUACAGCACUCUUAGGAACUACGGUGCCCAGCACGUGGUGGGGCUGGCGUACAAUGCGUUGCGAUGCAAACCGAUUAUUGUGUGUGGGUACGAUGAAAAUAGCGUUGUGGAUGCCAUGAAGGUGGCGUGUCUCUUUGUGCCUGGCCUGCUGCAGGGCCGGGAACACGCUCUUCGCCUGGGCAUUAUCCCGUUCACCUCCUCGCAGCUUCUCUCCGCGGAGGACAUUCACCGGUUUGCCGUCGUGGGUUGUCAUGUGAAUGCGGCUCUGCUUUACGGCGCACCGCGCUUUGCGCAGGCGUGUACGUGGCACGUGGGACGCCAUGAGACGACACGCGGAGGUUGUACAAUGAAGUUGUACGGGGAGCAAUACGAUUCGUCUCGCACGAUAGGGCACUAUCCGUCCCUCUCCGUGCUGGCACCCUCGUUGACAGCAGACGCAGACGCAGCAAGGACGCCACUCACAACGUGGUUGUCGUCACUCCUUCAGUCCUUAGCGGAGCCUGAGGAAAGGGCCGGGGGACUUUUGUGGGAACUUGCGGAUGUCUUGCGCCAGAAGGUGGUGAACACGGCACAGGAGGCAGCUCUGUCGGACCACGUGCGUCUGCUGUUGAAGCGUCUGUUGUUCGAUUACUGCUCUCACGCCUCUCUGCUUUUGCAGCACCUACGGAGUCGCCGUCGAUUCCAACCUUCGGCGACCGCACCUGCAUCGCCGCCGCCUCGUUUUUCUGUGUUGCGUAGCAGCUUCAUUGGAGGCGACAGCGAUGCCCUGCCGUGGGUCUGGAGCGACGUGGACACGGACAUGACGCUGCGCACCUUCUUUGGCGUCAGUUUGGCAGCUCGCGGCGAUGUCAUUAUUGUCACGGAGCUGCUGAAACGUAUGGCCAUUGUCGUGGCGUGGAGUUUUUUGCCGCGGCCUGAAGGCAAUCGUCGGGAAGAGGCAUGA